CAGCUCAACGUUUGACGAAAGUUAUAAAUUAAUAUAAAACUGGCAGUGUGAUCCCCCAUAAAAUUAAACCAUGGGAAUAAUUACCCAAAUUCUUUUCCACAAUAAUACUCAAGGAGUGUUUUACGCUGGCCAAACGAUUUCUGGUCAAGUGACUCUGAGUACAGAUAAGGAGAUCCAAAUUAAGGCAAUCCGACUUAAAGUUAAAGGUCAUGCUGAAACCCAUUGGACUGAAAGCAGGACUGAUUCGAACAACAAGGCCACCUCAGAGUCAUAUAGUGGAUUUGAGAAGUACCUUUCCAGUAAAGCUUAUCUGUUGGGCUCGACCAUCAGCACUGAAAUGUCUUUGCCGCCCGGAACCAGGUCAUAUAAUUUUGCUUGUCAAAUUCCAAUCAACUGUCCCUCGUCGUUCGAGGGGACACAUGGGCGUAUACUUUAUAGGGUGGAUGUCAUUAUAGUACAGCCCUGGAAGUAUGACAGUCUUUUUUCAAGACCUUUUACCGUAAUUCAAGUGAUGGACAUAAGCACCUACAAUUCCGUUUCUCAGGUUCCCGUGCAGGCCAGGACUGAGAAGACUUUUGGGGUCUGGCCUUUCCGAUCGGAUCCUCUGACCCUGGAACUAAACUUGCCGCAGACUGGUUUUGUACCUGGCCAAACUGUCCCCGUGAAUGUUUUGGUGGGCAAUGAAAGCAAAAUCCGGGUGUACGAAGUAAAGGUCGGACUUUCAAUGAUGAUCACCUACCACUGCGACCGGAGUUCAGAAACCAAUAAUGAACGUAAAUCCGUUGCCAAGCUGAAGGCAGAUGGCGUCAUGAGAAACUCCCGGAAAAUGUACGACUUUCAAUUGCUGAUUCCCUCCACUCCGCCCUCAUGUUUCAAUCUGUGCCGCAUCAUUAAGAUCGGUUACCAGAUUGAAGUUGUGGCCAAGGUGAAGGGCAUGCAUAUCAAUGGAACUUUGAUAAUGCCGGUGACUAUUUGUGGGGUGCCGAUAUCGCCCCAAAUGGUGCAAUAUAUACCAGACAGUUCUACUCCCAUUGUCCCAGUGGAGAGGGCUUUAACCUUGGUUGAGGGAGAGGGUGCUUGUGCACCAGCUGCUCCUCCAUAUCCCUGGUCAGAUGAUUGCACCUUAGCACCUCCCAGCUAUGCCGAGGCUAUGCACAUAGAACCGGAGAGGCCCAGUCAAGGACAACAGGAAGAAGAAAAUUCAGCAGAGAAGUCCUAUAAGCCGCUAUAUCCUGUCUUCAAUGUGCCCAGCCCAACUGAAGAAAAAGGCGAAAAAUCAGUCUUGGAGAAAGAGGAAAAGAAAUGAAGGAUACUGGGAAAAUGUAUUUAAAUUUGAGAACAAUCGGACAUCCAAUCCUGCGCCUGCUGAUCCAGGCAUCCACAGGCUUUCCCCAUUAUUUGCUGCGCGGCUGCAUUUGGCUAAAUGUGUAUUUCAAAAUUGUGACAGCGAUAAGAUAAAAGUUGGCCUGGCCAUCGCUA